AUCAUGAAUCAGGAGAAACUCGCCAAAUUGCAGGCACAAGUGUGCAUUGGUGGAAAAGGAACUGUUUGCAGAAAGAAGUAGGUGGUUCAUAGAACAGCUACAGCAGAUGAUAAAAAACUUCAGUUCUCUUUAAAGAAAUUAGGGGUAAACAAUAUCUCUGGUAUUGAAGAGGUGAAUAUGUUUACAAACCGAGGAACAGUGGUCCUCUUUAACAAUCCUAAAGUUCAGGCAUCUCUGGCAGCGAACACUUUCACCAUUACCGGCCAUGCUGAGACAAAGCAGCUGACAGAAAUGCUACGCAGCAUCUUAAACCAGCUCGGCGCAGACAGUCUGACUAGUUUAAGAAGACUGGCUGAAGCUCUGCCCAAACAAUCAGUGGAUGGAAAAGCACCACUUGCUACUGGAGAGGUUGAUGAUGAUGAAGUUCCAGAUCUUGUGGAGAAUUUUGAUGAGGCUUCCAAGGAUGAGGCAAACUGAUUUGAGUCAACUUCUGAAGAAGAUGAAACUUGAAUAAGUUACUUGGAGCUGCUAUUUUAUAUUAUGACUGCAUUUUAAAAUUGUUUUGUUUAUGGAUCUGAUAAAAUCUA